GUUCAUACAUGAAAUUUGUUUGUUUCAUUUCAUGAUUAUUACUGAAAAUAAUUUUGCUGCAGGAAGGAGGGGGAUGCUUAGAAUGAUCCAUUUGGAUUGUAAAAUACCCUAGGCAUGCCUCUGAUCGAAACAUCAGCAGUUUUUAAGAAAAAACAGAAAUUCACUCUGUUUCUCUUUUCCCCUCAUGUCUCUGGACCCCCCCACCCUGGCCACUCCCUCCUUCCAUAAAUGAUCAAAUCCCACAUUUCCAUCCUCAACCUCCAUCUCCAUUGCCUCUUUCUCUGGGGGCUGCAUGCAGCAGGAGGGCGUCUCCCCCAUGCUGAACACCCUGCAGUCUUGCUCCUUACCAACUGCCCCUUCUGGAACCUUCUACUGUCCAGCUCCAUCACUUUGAGGUUUGGGAUACUGGUGGGGGUGAUGGGGGGCCAAGCCUUCCCCAGCCACCCCUUGGCAUCACCUCUAUAAUUAUCUUUGCCAAAUUCUACAGGCAAAGCCCAUGUCUUUCCAUCCCCCGCCCCCAGUGGCUGGAAUGUUGCAGGUGGCCCCAAACCUUGGUGGUGUGACUGCGCCUUACCGUCCACAGACAUCACACUCCCUGUGCACGGAAAGCUGCGGUCCUACCAGGCACCUUCGGCUCCCAGAGUAGGCAGCUAUCAGCUAUGCGUCCCACCUCUAGGCGUUUGUACGUGCUGUGCCCUCUGCCUGGAACAUUCCGCCCUCUCUCGCCCUCUCUUUUCUCUUUCCUCUGAAAUGAAACCUCCUUCAGAAAGCUGUCCGUCGCCUUUGGUCUCAACAAGGGACCCUCCGUGGUAUUCCCAGGAGUUCCACCUGUCUUCCCACUGUUGUCACCCUCUGGCCCUGUCCUUAGGUCAGUGCUGUGUCCCUUGCUCCUGCAGAGGGGGCCGCAGAGGUGGCUGAAUUAAUAAUCAAAAUGCAUCUGGCUGGACCAGAUCGUCCCGCAGUGGGAGGCAAGCGCUGCGCACAGUAGGUCCAGCCUGCUUGGCUCGCCCACUGCGGGCCACCUUCCAGAGCCGGCGAGCAGGCCAUGGGAGACCCCUCACUGCCAAGAGCAAGCAGGCCGCCCAGGGAGGUUUUGCUCUGGGUCACACCCACCUCUGGGUGGCUGCCAGUCUUCUUGCCAGAAACCGCAGGCUGAGCCGAGGCUGCCCAGAGCCUGGGCCACGGGGCCGAGGAGCCCCUGGGGUCAGCCCCGCACAGGGGGUGUUUGCUGAGCGCUCCUGGCGUCUACAGCCCCUCUGGGCUCGGGCAGGGGUCUGGGGCAGGGCGGCUACGGCGGCGGUGGGGGCUCAGGCCCUCUUGGGCUGGGAGGAGUCGGAGAGGCCCUGCCAGGCUGUCACAGCUCCCGGCGCUGGCACUGGCUCAGGCUUUCACACACACUGGCAGGCCCCCCGUGGUGGCCUCCACUGUCUCACCUGCAGACCCACAGGUCCUGCCUCCCAGAAUCUAAGCUGGCUCUGCAGGGAACACAGUGACAUGAGAGGCACAUCACAGACCCACCUCCUGGCCUUCUCUCUCCUCUGCCUCCUCGCAAAGGCGUGUGCCCAGCCGUGCCCGGCACGGUGCGACUGCCCCUGGCGACCGCCCCCAUGCCCCCCGGGGGUGCCCCUGGUGCUGGACGGCUGUGGCUGCUGCCGGGUGUGCGCACGGCAGCUGGGGGAGCCCUGCGACCGCCUCCACGUGUGCGACGACAGCAAGGGCCUGGGCUGCAAGCCCGGGGUGGGCCCCGGCGGCCAGGGGGACGUUUGCCUCUGGGGAGAGGAGGACGACGGGAGCUGCCUGGUGAAUGGCCGCAGGUACCAGGACGGGGAGACCUUCCAGCCCCACUGCAAGACCCUCUGCCGCUGUGAGGACGGCGGCGCCACCUGCGUGCCGCUGUGCAGCGAGGAAAUCCGGCUGCCCAGCUGGGACUGCCCUUACCCCCGGAGGGUGGAGGUCCCCGGAAAGUGCUGCCCCGAGUGGGUGUGCCUCGGGGACUCUGAGCUGCAGAUCCGGCCCCUUCCGGCCCAAGGACCCCAGUUUUCUGGCCUUGUCCCUGCCCCACCCUCUGGCAACCGCUGCCCGGACUGGAGCACGCCCUGGGGCCCCUGCUCGACCAGCUGUGGGCUGGGCAUCUCCACCCGGGUGUCCAACCAGAACAGACUCUGCAUACUGGAGUUCCAGCGCCGCCCCUGCCUGCUCAGGCCCUGCCCGCCUUCCAGGGCCCUCGGAACACUGCGCAGAGCCUUCUAGAGCCUGGCUGGGAACGGAGACGCCAUGCCCACCGUCCCCAGCAGGCAGCUUUGUGAGCUUGGGUCCACCAUCCAGGGCCAGGGGGACAAGAAUAUUCACA